UCCAACUCUUUUAACUCUGGUACUCACUCUCUCUUCACUACUUUUCUGGGUUUUAGACUUCUAAAACUAAAUUACUUCUACUGUAAGAAAUCUGAAACAAAAUUUUGGUCUAUAAAUCGGACGGUGGUGAUUAAGGGUGAGAAAUCAUGAGCUGCAACGGGUGCAGAGUUCUGCGAAAGGGGUGCAGUGAGACAUGCAUAUUGAGAUCAUGCUUGCAGUGGAUGGACUCUCCCGAAGCCCAAGGCAACGCCACCUUGUUUCUCGCUAAGUUUUUUGGCCGCAGCGAUCUAUUAUCCUUCAUCGCUGCUGUUCCUGAAACUCAAAGACCAGCUUUGUUUCAGUCUUUAUUGUUUGAAGCGUGUGGGAGAACAAUUAAUCCGGUGGACGGAGCGGUGGGUUUACUGUCAAGUGGUAACUGGCACUUGUGCCAGGCGGCGGUGGAGACGGUGCUAGCUGGAGGAACUCUGAGACCGAUAUCGGGACAUAAUGGAGUUUUGAAGGCAAACUGUACCGAUGAAUCUUCCGGAAGUUAUUAUGUGGAUGGCUUCAUGAUGAAGAGCCUCCACCCCCAAUCAAGGCCGUUGAUUAUACAUGAUCGAAGGGAACAGAACCGGAAGUCUGAUCUUGAUCUGUCUCUGAAACCCAAGUUUGGUAGCAGCGGGGUGAAACGUGGCAGAGGAAGGGGUUGUCAGAGAGCACAUGCGAUGUCGUUUUACUCAGAAGAAUCGGAGAUGACUAGUCUUCAGAGUGAAGUAACAGAAAAAGAAGAAAGGAAGCUUUUGAAUCUGUUUGUUUGAAUUACAAUAGAAAUGAUCAUGAGAUUGCAAGAGAGUUAUUAUGUUUAAAAAAUGACGGCUUUUGUAGAAGUAUCAAGAGGAGAUUAAAUAAAAUAAUAAAUGGAAAAAGCUUGUAAUUUUGGUUGGUUACUCCGGCGAAUGAAUGGAAUUUUCCGGUGAGUUUUGUUUUUGAAGUUAACGUAUGCUUGGUGUUUAGUGAUAAAAAAAGUGACGUGUUAAGUUGUCUGUUUGAUUGUAAGCAGCGUUGUCAGCUUCCAUGGAUUUGUCAGGACCGUACAUUUCCAAUGGAGGACUUAGAAGCGUCUGAUAAUAUAAUGGAGUCGUUUGAUCAA